AUGGUUCUACCGAUGGGAAAUCCCCCCAUCCACCGCCACGUCCUGCACCGUGCCAUUCCGCUUGACGGCCUGGUCGCUCCGGAACCGCUGCGUCAGCGCAUGACCCUCGUCCGGCACCAUGUCGGUGUGGAGGGGCCCACGGCCUCGGCCCAGCCGAGGGUCAUGGUGGUCAGGGCGGAUUUUGAUCCAGAAUACAACUUGGCCCAUUUGGUGCCGAUCGACGCCACCACGGUACCGAUAUUGAUGAUUCGCGCUCCCGGGGUGCGCAGAUGGGGGAGGGCGGCUUGGAGCAGUAAAAACGGCCCGCGGACAUUGGCGAGGUGGCCGUGCAGGGCUUUGUCCGACGAAGGACUGCAUGUUGGUGGAUUGCUGGAACGGCACAACUGGAACGGACGAGUGCGGACCAACGCCCGAUCCAUCACCGUUAGCGCUGUCCGCGGCGAGAUCGGCGAGAUCGGCGAAGGACGGAGGCUUACCCUAACCGUCCGCAUCCCCGGGCCUGGGACCGUCGACCAUCGACGCCAAUCAGCUCCUGCAGGCUGA